UUAUUUUGUUCACGUAGCAUAGCAUUAACAUGUGAAAAGAGAGCAGGGGCCUUUUCAGAGGACCCUGUUCCCUUGUGAUAUAUAUCACCUCCCAAAUACCAUUAACCUCGCAAGUACAAUCCCUUGUCGCCUCUCCUCUCUCGUGUUCUCUGAGACACACUACUCCUAACACGGGCAUUUGUAUUUAUGCUCAAACAGUUCGGUUCAAAGUUUAUAUUUAUAACCCUUUUGUUUCUCACCACUAGGAGAGUGACCUGCGCCAAUUUCUAAGUCCAAGGAUGCAAGAUAUCCCCUUCUGUAGCCUUAUAGUUUUCUUCUUUCUAAUAGGGGCUUCUUUGGUUUCCCCUUUAUAUGAUGGGCCCCUAUAUGACUCCACUGCCUACACUGAGUGCAAAGAGAAGCCAGAGGAACCACUUUAUGGAGGAGGACUUUUCAAGACUGAGCAACACUCUCGUCGUGGCAGCAUUGCCAACAACAGCUAUGUGCCUUCACUUGCUCUGUAUAAUCUCACUCAGGGCACCAUUUACUCUUUUUCCGCAUGGGUGAGAGUUAAAGAUUCAAGUUCAGCUAUGAUAAGGACCACUCUGGAAACGGAGAAAGAGACACAUGAUUGCAUUGGGACAGUUUCGGCCAAGCAUAGAUGCUGGUCAUUUCUGAAGGGUGGAUUUGUUCUGAAUUGGCCUUCAAAUUUAUCCAUUAUCUUCUUCCAGAACGCUGAUGGUAAAGAUAUCAAUAUAGAUGUUGCUAGCCCAUCACUCCAGCCAUUUACUAAGCAACAAUGGAGAAUCAAUCAACAGUAUAUAAUCAACACUCAAAGAAAGCGUGCCGUCACUAUUCAUGUGUCAGAUAGUAACGGAAGGAGAUUGGAAGGAGCUUCGAUCUGUGUAGAGCAAAUCUCAAAAGACUUCCCUUUUGGAUCUGCAAUAGCAAAGACCAUUCUUGGCAACGUUCCCUACCAGAAUUGGUUUGUGAAGCGGUUCAACGCGGCAGUGUUUGAAAAUGAGCUCAAAUGGUACGCCACAGAACCUGAUCAAGGCAAGGUCAAUUACACCAUUUCAGACCAGAUGCUGCAAUUUGUUAGAACAAACAACAUCAUAGCGAGAGGGCACAACAUAUUUUGGGAAGACCCUAAAUACACUCCUCCGUGGGUUCUUAACCUUACAGGCACCCAGUUACAAUCUGCUGUGAAUUCUCGAAUACAUAGUCUCAUGAGCCAAUACAAAGAUGAGUUCGUACACUGGGACGUCAGCAAUGAAAUGCUCCAUUUUGAUUUCUACGAGGAAAGGCUUGGACCUAAUGCCACAUUGCAUUUCUUUCAGACAGCACAUAAAUCGGAUCCAUUGGCAACUCUGUUUAUGAAUGACUUCAAUGUUGUGGAAACAUGCAGUGAUGUAAAAUCCACUGUUGACGCCUAUAUCUCACGGGUAAGAGAACUGCAACGAAAUGGCAUCUUUAUGGAUGGAAUUGGCUUGGAGGGUCACUUCACAAUACCCAAUCCUCCCCUUAUCAGAGCCAUCCUAGACAAGUUGGCAACACUUGGCCUUCCCAUUUGGCUUACCGAGGUGGAUAUAAGCAAGACACUUGAUAGAGAUGCACAGGCAAAUUAUUCGGAGGAAGUGCUGAGGGAAGGCUUCUCACAUCCCUCUGUGAAUGGGAUAAUGCUUUGGACGGCAUUACAUCCAAAUGGGUGCUACCAAAUGUGCCUGACAGACAAUAAUUUCAAGAACCUCCCAGCAGGUGAUGCGGUGGACAAACUUCUUCAAGAGUGGCAAACGGGUCGUGUAGAGGGAGUCUCAGAUGUGCACGGUUCCUAUAGCUUUUAUGGGUUCUUAGGAGAAUACAGAAUUAGUGUCAAGUAUGGCAAUAACACUACAAAGUCAACAUUCUCCCUCUCUCGAGGUGAUGAAACUAGACAUUUCACUAUUACAAUAUGACACUUAGAUAUAUAGUACUAGUAUCUAUCAAGCUGCUUAACUUCACUUGAAACUUUAGUGUCAAAUUCAAAUGCUAUAAUAAUCACCGUCGUACGUAGAUGACUAGUAAUGUCAAGUCUGCAAGUUCUUCUAGUCGUAGAAUGCUUGAAUCAAGAUGCUAUCUUCAGAAAUUCUUCUAUAUUUCCCUA